AUGUUCUUCAUCAGCGCUAUUGUGAAGAACAUCGCACCCGUUUUCAUCGCGACGAGUCCAAUCACCAGCUAUGGCGACCAAAUCUACAGCAUGCAUCGGGCCCGCAGCUCUGCCGGCUUCUCCCUCGACAUCCCGCUCAUCAUGCUCGUCGCUAGCAUCCUGAAAGUCUACUACUGGUUCGGCGCCCACUUCAGCACCUCGCUACUUAUCCAGGCCCUCCUUAUGAUAUGCGUCCACCUAGUCCUCCUCCACGUCGCGCUUACGAACCGACCGCCGCCCUCACAUCUCCCCUUCCAACACAAAGACGUAUCGAACCGACCGUAUGACUUUUGGCAGUGGAGGGCCCCGAGACCGUACUGGACGUUCAUCACGUAUUUUACAGGAGUGUUGCUGGUGCUGCAUUUGAUCAUGUCGUCGACGAGCGUCUUUGUGCCGUAUACAGACCUGCUGGGUAUGGUCGCACUGACGAUCGAGGCUACGCUUCCGCUUCCGCAGUUGUUGGCUAACUACCAAAGACGUGGUUGCAAAGGGUUCAGGCCUAGUGUUAUUGUGAACUGGGUGAUUGGUGAUACGUUCAAGAUGUGGUUCUUCUUCGCUAGUAGCAGCGGAGAAGUACCCUGGGCUUUCAAGGUUUGUGGUAUCUUCCAGGCAUGCUGUGAUUUGGGACUUGCGGCGCAGUACUUGAUGUGGGGCGAUGGACCCGUGGGCGUGGAGGGACUGGGAAGAGAGAAAGAGGUUCGAAGCCCAAUCCCGCCUGAGGAGGGAUGGAAUGCUGAAAAGCUGGGACAGGCAGGUGUGACUGGGGGUAUUGAGAUGAGCGAUGGGCAGGCGUGGGAGCGGCCGAGGGCUGCGUAG